GUCGUUUUGAUCCGCGCGCCUUCACCAAUCCGGGCUGAGAGAGGGACGGUUUGAGUUCAAAAUUUGCAGAUAGAUUUUGGAUGACAACUUGCGCCCAUUCCAAGCUAGUUAGCUAAGCUUAUUGACACCUUUCUGAAAAUACGAAAACGAACCCAGAAGAUUGUGUAAUAUAUUUAUGUUUGUUUAAACAUGUCGAAGAAAGAAAUUUACUACUCUGACAAGUACACAGAUGAAGCAUUCGAGUACAGGCAUGUUAUGCUUCCGAAGCAGUUAUCCAAGCUGGUGCCCACCUCUCAUUUGAUGACAGAAGAUGAAUGGAGGGGUCUGGGGGUGCAGCAGAGCCAGGGCUGGAUCCACUACAUGAUCCACAAGCCAGAGCCGCAUAUAUUGCUUUUCCGAAGACCUCUUCCAAAGGAUUGAGUGGAAAUCAUCUUCCACGUCCCGGAAAACCGCCUCAGUUGAAUUGUAUGGUCUUUGUUGACUAAACAAGAUGUACAUCUCUCCAUGUGUUUUGGUGUAUAGAAUAGACCAUUUAUUUUCAGUUUUUUUAAACUCCUCAAAAUAUUGGCAGUAUGAUAGAGGUAGCCCAAGGAGAGUGGAAGCCAGAAGGCUCGGCCCUGACUAAGAGAUGGUGAGCAGUUCUGCUUUGAUAAGUGGCAACAAUAUGAAGAUGGAAUUUCUCUCAUGAGACUUUACCGAGCUUGAAUAACAUUUGGUACACUUUUAUUGAUGUUUACUUGUCAAUAUAUGUUGUAUUAAUGAGCAUAGUGGUCAAAUGUAGUUAUUUUUUUCUUGAACGUGGAACAUUUUAUUCAAAGAAGAAAUGUUUUUUUUUGUGUGUGUGUGUAUAUUAUCAGACAGUAUACGUUUUGACUGACUAGAGUCGCAUUUCUGUUCAUUCUAAAUAGCGCUGUUGCUGGAUAGUAUGUAAAUACAAUAUAUUUCUUUA